CACAUUUGAAGUGUUCUGAGUGCCCAAGGCUGACAAAAGUAUUCCUCAGUUUAAAUACUGGGAUAUUGUUUUGAAUCUAGAAUUGCUUUCGUUGGAGUUUGUGCGCGCAGAGAGGACAGCUGAUUUCUCUUUGUACAUGAAAGUUUUACCCAAACUUGCCUCUUGGUUUUUUGCACUUGACCAUACAAACUAUGCCAGGUGGCUACCAGUCCAUAUUAAGGACCUCCUCGCCUUAGAGAAGGAUAAUCCUGCUCUGUACAAGGAAUUACAAGCAGGUCACUUUGUGACAAGAAAGAGCUGCAAUUCAUUCUCGGCCAUUGCUCUUGAUCACGCACAUGAGCAGAUGAACGGACUGCUGAAAAACGACGGAGGUAUGAUCGGGUUAACAGAGAAUCCCGAGGCGAUGAGGAAGUUUGUGCUGUCAGGACCAGAAAUGGCCAACAUGGUUUCCAAGUUUGAGGAUGCAUCAUUUAACAAUACUGAGAAAAAGGGCGACCCAAACAACCAUCACAAUGCCAAUGAAGCAGCUCAAACAGCCUUUUUAACUCAUAAAAAGGCUCUAGAAAGCGUGAUGACCGAUUUGGGUAACCCCUUUCUAGAAGAAAAUGAAGAUUUGUACGAUUUAGAGUCCAAAAAAAUUUGCCCUUCAAGCUCUAAGGAUACUGUUUUCACCAUAGAGGACUGUGGUGUGACACAGUAUCAGAAUUUUGUUUCUGAACGGCUCGAAAGUAACAAAGUUUCAUUGAAGGAUCCAAUCAAAUUGAACAAAUUCCCUCUGUUCAAGACCGGAGUGAAAAAAAAUACAAAUUUGAAUCUGAAAUCCCAAGUGACUGCUUCAAAAAAUGACUGCAGCUUGUUUAGAAGGUUAUACAUCGCCACUAGCGCUAACAGGCCAAAUGAUCUUGGAGAAUUUUUCUCUCAUGAAAAUCAGGAAUACCCUCCAUCUAUUUCUGUUAUGGGGAAAUUGCGCACUAGUGACUCGAAAUCAGACCUUACCAAGUACCUGUCUAACUUGUCUGAAGAGUGCACCGCUGAUAGUGUGCCCAUCGUACGAGCAAAAAUACUAGACGGAGCAGUGAUUGUGCACAUGUUGGAACCAGGAACUCCUGUCACUUUUGGCGAUUAUAUAAGCAACAUAUCUCUCAACUAUGUUAGAAAGGAAUCUGCUACAGUGAAUCGGUUGGAUUUAGUCUUUGACAGGUACCUUGAAAAUAGUCUCAAAUAUGGGACACGUCAGAAGCGCGGAGGGGGAUCAAGAAUCCGAGUGACAUUGUCCACCAAAGUGCCUGAAGGAUGGGAGAAUUUCCUUCGACAUGCCGACAACAAGACAGCCUUGUUUGAACUUCUUGCUGAAAGCAUUUAA